GGCGGCAGUGUAGGUUCUCAUCUAGAGCACGCAGACAUCAGCGUGCGACCGCUUCAUCGGUCGGCGGCGCGCGCCGUUGGUUCCGUGUGGUGCGCUGCGGUUGUCGUGCUUCUUCCUCGUGACUUUGUUGUUUGCGGCCGCCAUAUCCUCUCUCUCUUUGUCGUUCGUCGCACGUGCGGUAGGCAGCCAUGGGAAAGGAGAAGUCACAUAUCAACAUCGUGGUCAUCGGCCAUGUCGACUCCGGSAAGUCGACGACCACGGGCCAUCUCAUCUAUAAGUUGGGUGGCAUUGACAAGCGUGUGAUCGAGAGGUUCGAGAAGGAGGCGGCUGAGAUGAACAAGCGGUCCUUYAAGUACGCUUGGGUGUUGGACAAGCUGAAGGCGGAGCGYGAGCGUGGUAUCACCAUCGACAUCGCUUUGUGGAARUUCGAGACGACGAAGUAYUACGUGACUGUMAUCGAUGCRCCCGGCCAUCGCGACUUCAUCAAGAACAUGAUCACGGGCACUUCACAGGCGGACUGCGCUGUGCUGGUGAUUGACUCGACGACGGGAGGUUUCGAGGCGGGUAUCUCGAAGGAUGGGCAGACCCGUGAGCACGCCCUGCUGGCGUUYACGCUGGGCGUGAAGCAGAUGAUCUGYGCGUGCAACAAGAUGGAUGCCACGACGCCCAAGUACUCGGAGAACAGGUACAACGAAAUCAAGAAGGAGGUGUCGACCUACCUGAAGAGGGUCGGGUACAACCCUGACAAAAUCCCGUUCGUGCCCAUCUCCGGGUUCGAGGGGGACAACAUGAUCGAGAGGUCUUCGAACAUGGCGUGGUACAAGGGCCCGAUUCUUCUGGAAGCUCUCGAUCUGAUUUCGGAGCCGAAGAGGCCGUCCGACAAGCCUCUGCGUCUGCCUCUCCAGGACGUGUACAAGAUUGGCGGUAUUGGAACGGUGCCCGUGGGAAGGGUGGAGACGGGCGUCAUCAAGCCUGGCAUGGUGGUGACGUUUGCACCCUCUGGGCUGACCACUGAAGUGAAGUCGGUGGAGAUGCACCACGAGGCAAUGACCGAGGCGCUCCCUGGGGACAACGUGGGGUUCAACGUGAAGAACGUGAGCGUGAAGGAGUUGAAGAGAGGAUUCGUGGCCUCGGACUCGAAGAACGACCCCGCGAAGGAGGCGGCGAGCUUCACGUCCCAGGUGAUCAUCAUGAAUCACCCUGGGCAGAUCGGUAACGGGUAUGCGCCGGUGCUGGAUUGCCACACGUGCCACAUCGCGGUGAAGUUUGCGGAGCUGGUGGUGAAGAUCGAUCGUCGAACGGGCAAGGAGCUCGAGAAGGAGCCCAAGUUCCUGAAGAACGGAGACGCUGGGUUCGUGAAGAUGGUUCCAACGAAGCCGAUGUGUGUCGAGACCUUCGCCCAGUAUCCCCCUCUGGGUCGUUUCGCCGUGCGUGACAUGAGGCAGACGGUGGCCGUCGGCGUGAUCAAGGCCGUGGAGAAGAAGGAGAAGGAAGGCAAGGUGACGAAGGCCGCCAUGAAGAAGGGAGGAAAGUGAACUGGUAGCUUGUCUCCGCGUCAUGUGGAAUCGGUGAGGGAUUCCGACCUGUUUCUACUGUUGGGAAGAUCCCGUCAUGUGAGUGCCGCAAUUACGUAUGAUUUUCUGAGUCACGUAGGGGCAGCUUUAGCAGCUGAUGGUGGUUUCGCCGGCGGUUUGGCAGCUGGAGAACUAGUACACUCGGGAGUAUUCGGUAGGACCUUCAAUUUUUUUCCUGUUUUCCGACGGGGGGUGGGAUUAGGGGACGACAGUGUUUCUAAGAAGAAAAAAAUCGGUGGGCUGAGGGAGUGGUCGUUUCGGUGUCUUUCGGGUGACGGUAGGUCAACGGAAGACGUCUGUCGGUGGAUUGUUUCUCCGUCAUUCUCAGCUUGGAGUUCUGUGCUGCGUCUGUUCGGUCAGUACGACGAUCGGAUGGUUAUAGCUCGAUCGCGGCAGACCUGGGUGCUCGAUAGGCGAUGGCGUGGGUAGGGAAUAUGGGUUAAUUCUCAGCUUGUGUUCUUCUUCGAGAUUUGCUUUAUUCUUUUUCGGAUUGCCGAGUAGCCUUGAGUGAUUCCUUAAUAAGUAAACGUUUUGGUUAGACCGUUAGGGUUUCGAACGAAAAUGCGGUUUGUUGUUCUUCCUUUUUGCCGAGUCGCUACCGCCGAACGAAACGGGAGUUUGUUCUGAAUUGAUUGGUUGCCCGUGGCUCAGGGCAAUUUGAUGCCGUCGCGAAGAAACCUUGUAGGCCUUUCGCCACUCUUGCGUUGUCGUUUUGCGAUACCGCUCAACAUUUCUCCUUCCUCCCUCAUUCUCAAUGUUUUGCAUAUUAAGCACGCCUCUUCCUGUUGACUUUCUUCAAAUGUUACCCGUGUGUAGAGGUCGUGCGACUUUGAAAGUCCCCUCAUCUCCCAGUCUUAUUACAACCCCGAAACCCAUAGAACUCCUCGGCACUUUGAAUCUGUCCCUCUGUAGCACAUCCUCCUGACCCCUGGUGUCAAUUUCCCCUCUUGCGCAUACGGCGCUUACGGCCGUUUCCGAUACUCCCCCCUGGUUUGUACUCUCCCAUGAUGCCCUCCCCUGGCUACUGGUCCCCGCUUUUGCAUGCGGAAGUAUUUCUGGCGAUCGUGACACGCCCCUCUCCCAGCUGUGCUCUUGCUUUUGCAUACCCCCCGACGUCCUCUGGCGCCAGUGUAGAGCAUUCUGCACCCUUCAGGAAUGAUAUGGAACUCUUCCUCCCGCUCAUUGGAUUUUGUGACCCUGCUAUGGUCUCCCUUGUGUUCCCCUGUGCCUUCUGUCUAUAGUACCCGCUGUGUUCCCCUGCCGUCUGUUGUACCCCGCGUUCCCCUGUCUGCUAUCGUACCUGCCGUCAGUUGUAUUAGCUCUGUGCCCAGUCGUGCCUGCUGUCUAUUGUACUACCUGCGUGCCUGCUGUGUGACCCUUCGUGCCUGCCGCGAACUUAAUCACUGGGUGUCUCUUCGUGCCUGCCGUCUAUCGCACUUGUGUGUACGCCGUCUUGUGACCCUUCGUGCCUGCCUUCUAUUGCGUUCCGUGUUCCCCUACCUGACAUUGUCCCCUUGCAACCUCUUGCGGCUGUCCUCAAUGCUCCCACGUAUAUCCCCGCUUUCCGUGGAAUGAAUCUUCGAGCCAUUUUUGACCUUCGCCUGUGUUGUGUGAAGCUUCCGCACCCUUCAGGGUGUCCCUUCCUCUUUGCAAGGUGUGGAUUUGGUGUCUCUGAAGCUAACAGGUUCGGCUGUUUGGGUCGAGAGUCUGCGUGCGCCAGACAGAAGCUGCCAAAGUAGGUAAGCCUAACAUCAUUGGCAUCAAGUCCCUGGUAGCAGGCCAUGGUUUGCUGGGAAGUCUGUUGUAGGAGGCUGGACUAUUGUCUUCUCUCGAAUUGAACGCCUGGUCAAUUUAGCCGUACAGCAAUGAUGACCGGGCGUUUAUUAGGGUGAAGACGGUAGUAGAAUUUCCGUACUCGCAAAUCCUGUUCG